UCGAUGAAAUUGUUUGACUAUGACUACUGUUGAGGAGAAGUUCACAGAAAUUUUGUCUCAAGUCUUGGGUAAUCUGAAGGAGAAAGAUAAGAAAGGGGAGAAGGAAAAGUUGCGGAAGGAAUGGAUUAAGUUGCAAAAGAAAAACAGUAAGUUGCAAAGAAAGGAAGUGACGUGGAGUCAGAUAAGUGAUGAGUUGUGUCAUGAAGAGAAAGAAUUAUGGGGACAGAUAGAAAAGGAGAAGAGAGCAAUGAAAGAGAUACAUUGGCGAGAGAAAAGAAUAGCAAAGAAACGGCUUGAAAAAGUAGAAGAAACGAGACGUCGUGUGCAUUUUUUGGCAAUGGAAGCCACAGUGUUCGCGAAAAUCCGGGAGGGGCGAAACCCUGUUACCAGCGUGAGUAUGCCUGUAAACGCUGGAACCCGGGUGAGUAAAAAAGCAUCGUUGUAUCCAACUCUGCCAGUUGACAACAAAUUCACCGACUUUUCUCUCCCUUCGGCGCCGCCACCGGACCCACCCCCCAUGUUGGACACACCAUGUGUGAUGGCACCUAUGAUAGAAGUCGCGGGACUGAUUCAGGAAGCUCCAGAUAUGAACCAGACGGAACACAGAUUAAUCCGUCGCUACGCAGAGAUUUGCAGAUCUCUCCUCUACAGGAUGACAGCAUUCUUUUCAUCGACUGUUGGCGGACCUCUGGGAGGUCCCUCCGUGUGGGUUUUGCGGUAGACGAGCCGGUGCGAACUACUUGAGAGACCAGGGUUAUCUGAACAACUAGUCCCGACUUCACUGAUGGCGCAAAUA